CUUAACCUGUACAAAGUUGUACAUAUAAGUAAUUAAUUUUUCAAUUAUUUUCAGUUAUUAAUUACUUAUUGAAUAAAUUUCUAUGUGUCUAUACCUUAAAUAUUGAAUUUUUAAUGUGGUUUAUUUACUGUGUGUUAUUUUACGUCAGUCCAAUGUGAAUUCAACGUUCCCUCCUAAAGCGUUAACCUAAAAAUUGCCGGAUUGUUUUUGAAACACUUUCGAACAUGACAGACUCUGACACUAUACCGAUAUGGAAAAAAAUAUAUCAAGUGGUGUCCGGCUUCAACACUGGAAUCACCAAAGAUGUCAUAGAGGAUAUUUUAAAAAUGUGCAAGGACCAGUUGGUCACUGGAUUACUUGAGUAUAAACCAUACACCAAGGAAAGCUACAAUGACUGGAUCAAAAAGAAGAAGUUUGAUGAUGAAGACUCCAUGAAUAGCUUUAUUAAUUUAACCAGUGUUCAAUUGGACUUAGAAGCUGAAAUUGCCUGGGGUGUAAUAUGUAAUUUUCUAAUGUUUGAAUAUUAUGGAAAAGUGAAUGCCUUGAAGUGCAUAAUUAACUUUGAGACUGGCACCAGAUGUCUAAUUGACAACAUUUACAUAUUUUACUCAUCGGAGCGCAUGUUCCUGUUAAAAAUAUUAAGAUUCAUACUUGAACAGGGACAAAAUCCUAAACACAAGUUCCAUGCACCCUUCAAUAAGUUUUUAAAGUCCAUAGAUAUGCGCAAACUGUGGGAUAAUAUACUAAAAAUGUUUAAAAACUCAGUGUUUUUCAUUGACAAAGAAAAGGCUUCUAAGUGUUUCCAUAUUGAAAGCUUGGUACUCAGAAAUGAUCAAGAACAAAUUGAGCUGGUGUUGUUAAUGAUAAACAUUCUCCAGUACCUCACUUUGACAGGUAGUGAACUGACUGACUUGCUCAACCUGUUUUUAACACACAGCUUUGCACGGCAUUCUUUGUACGAUGAAGCAUCCAAAUACUCAAAAAAGGAAACAACACAACAUUUGAAAUAUUGUGAAAUUGGUUGUUUAUUUGUUGUUGCCCACAAAUAUUGGGAAAACCCCGAUAUGUACAAAACAUUUUCACCUGAACUGGAAAAGGACAUAAAUAUGUUGGAGAUGCAACAAGAAAAUGGUAUUGUGUUGCUUCUGUGCACAGUUUUGAAGGCAUCUGUAACGCAGAAAGAGGAAGCCUAUGAAGCCUGCAACAAUCUACUUGAGAGGUUGACUUCCAGGAAAAUAUUUGAGUGCCUACAUUCUUUAGCAUCAAAUAAAAUCUUUAAAAAAAGCUCAACUGGGUAUAAAAUAUUGGCGGGAAUAAAUAAAUUCCUGAUGGAAUUUUCGUCAAUGUGCUCAGAACCUAAAUUCUUAUUUGUGCAACCAGGUGUUGUCCCACUCGUUGCUGUGUUAUUAGGUCAUGAAGAAUUUAAAGCAAGAGUUAGCUUUGCGCCUGUAAUUACAGUGGCAGUGGAGGCCUUUCCCAGUGAUUUCCAUUCGUUUGUUACGAUUUUCAAGAGUUUAGUCUUGUCGGAUUGUCGGAAAGAAGUCAUACACUUCCUGAACAACUUACCGACCUAUUUAGCGGACGCAACACCAAUGCCAAACCAAUCAGAAGGAUCCCUGUAUCAAAAGAAGCGUAUUUUUAACGACACCCCAAGAAUUCUUCAAGAACCACAACGCUUGUUCGACGGCAAUGACAUUUUCGUUGUUCCUGCCGACUCAAGCGUUGCUUAUUAUGAACUAAGAGGAGACUACCACCAACAGUUCAGAUUCUCGUACAGUUUCUUUAAAUUGAUGGAACAGUAUAUGGGAAUAUUGGUGACGACCAAGCUGAAGUUUCCCCAGUUGAUCAGCAGGAUCACGAACGGCUACGAAUUGAUCUUGAACAUUUUGGAAAAGUAUGAUGGCGUUUAUGAACAUGAUCACGGCCUUAAAAGUUGCAUCAAGCACCUGGACGUGAUACCAAUGUAUUUUUUUAAAGGAAACUUGAGGAACUACGACUUAAUCAGGUUGUAUUUCUCAGUGAAUUUCAAGUUGGUUAUGAAAGGCUUGUUGAAGUUCGAAGACGCCUUUAACAUCAGCUUAAGGAAGAACAUAUUUAACACCAAGUACAUUAAGGAACUGUCCAUUCCUCAGCUGUUUCGUGACGCAUUGUUCGACGGGAAUGCCUUGCAUUACUGUUUGCAGGAGGAAGAGUCUCACCCCGAGCACGAAUUUUUAAUGUUGUACAUUAAAUUUGUGGGUGCCAUGGUUAAGACAAACCAAAUAGACCCCAUGGUUAUGGGAGUGUGGCAUUUGUUGACCUACGUAGUUCCCCAUCACACGAAGUGGCGUUACGAACAUAUUUAUCAGAAGGCUGAAAUAACCAAAGCCUGUACCACUGUGUUUGUGGAAGUUUUACAAAAGCAAUAUCCGUGCGAAGACCCACUGGUGACGAAGCUAUUUGACUGUGUCCUCUACGGGUUCCUGCACGAGGACUGGAUAUUAAAGAGCUACCUUACUUUCUUGAAGAAGGGAAAAAAUUUCCUGCGACUUAUCAUGUCUCAAGAAACUGACUGGAUUAAAGGUUCAUCGACGGUGAUCUUGGACAAUGCACGGCAACAAAUAGCAUUUCUCUUGUUGCUGAUGAAACACAAGCACAUAUUCACCAAGCAAAACUAUAAACUGGUCAUCAGUGGCUACAUCGACGUCAUCACUAAGAGCAUCUCAGGGUACCUCAUAAACGCGUACUGCGUGAACCUCGUCAAGCUUUGCUGCAAAUUUUUAGAAGUAGUCGCAAGAGAAAAAAAUUAUCCGUUGCUCAGCUUCCUGGGACUGGACUUUGAUCAGGUGCAAAGCCUGUUCCUGGAUCGUCUCAGGGAUCCGCUGGAAGAUGACGACGUAAAGUACGACAUAAUCGAACUGAUCAACACGUGCAUCGCCCAUCAGAACGGAAUGACGGCCGCCUUCUUCAACGUUCAGUGCUCCAAAAAAUGGUACGCCGUUGAGUCGGUUGGAGAUGACACUGUGAACGAUUUCAUGAUUGAUUAUCUCCAAAACAUUAGAAAGUCCUCAGAAUAUUUAAAACAUCCACUACAACUAGGAAUAUUGAGGAUCAUGAGCACUUUGUGGAUCAGCAAGAGGUACCACUUGAUAAACGAUAUAAUAGAGUUGGAGCAGUUCUGGUGGCUGUUGGCGGACCCGCUCUGGAGGAAUUUCGACAACAAACCCGAAGUAUACAAAUGCAUCCUGAAGAUAUUCAACAUAGAGUUGUACAAUGAUCGCAUUAAAAAAUUCAACGCUGAACAUGUGGAUGACGGUGGAGACUCUAUUAAGAAAAAGUGCAACUUCCAAAAGGUCUUGGACAAGUUCAUGAUGAACGAAAACAUCGAUAAAUGGCUGAAAUACUUGUUGAAAGUGUUUGCAAACUUGAAAACUGAAGAUGAAACUGAUGAGGCAAUUGAACUGCUUAAAGCCUGGACCGAAUUUCUGGUUAUGUUGGAUGUGAAAUAUCCAGUUGUAUUUUCUAAUGACAACAUGAAAAUUCUGAUUAUGGAGUCGAGUUUGGAUGGGCUGACGAAAGAUUUUGCCAGCGAUAAAAUUGUAAAUUAUUGGAUAGACCUGUGCCUGCUGUUUUUGUCCAAAUGGUCGGUUCAUUUUGGCGAAAAAGACGAAGUGAUGAUCAAUAAGUUGGUGUUUGUGAGCAGAAAACUGAGCAUGUAUCAAAAGGGUUUGUCACCCAACACAAGACAGGCCUUCUUGUGCACCAUUAACAGCGUUAUAAUAUCCAACAAGAAGUACUUUCAGAACCAACCAGAAAUUCUAGUCGAAUUGCUGGAAUCCCUAAGCGUUGAAAUUGAAGUUGAAUAUGAAGCACUGCAACAAAACCUUCUGGCGAAGUUAAAGGAAGACCCAUACAGCAGGGAUCAUUCACCAAAUGGCUGGCUUCUUGUAAUAACCAUAGUGAAUUCUGUAAUGUCACUUAAAUGUGUCAAGGAGUGUAGAUUAUGGAUCUAUUACAAAAAUUACUUCAAUAAACUACUAGAAUCAACACCUGACCUAUUGAAAUACAAAUUUACCUUGCCACUAGCUAGAGCGUCAUUGCACAGUCUAGUUCUUCUUAUAGAGUCACCUCUGGCACGUGAAUACAUGUGCCAACCACUACGUGACUUCUAUGACACAAUUGAAGCCCCACUGUUGGCGUUGUUAAUACAAGAAAAACGAAGGCCUGACUACACACAAUUUAUUGACAUACAAGAUGGGUGGUUUUUGUGCACCCUUUUGGUAAAGUUUACCCGGGCCUUACUUAAUGAAUUUGAAGUGAACGCGUUGAAGAAUUGCUUCCUGUUCUUUACCUUAAACGAAUCCAUUAUCCAGCACAUUUUAACGCUCACUGAAUCAACUGUAGACUUUAAUGCGUUGGAUUUGGUUUAUGAAACACUAGUGCUUAUUGAAAGGCUGUUUUACAAGUGGGAUCGGGUUUGGUAUUGUCAGUCAAACAAAACGUAUAAUGUGGCGAUUCUUGGAAUUCAAAGGACAAUCAAUUCAUGCAUUUCACUUAUUCUCAGGCCUAAAAAUAUUAUUUUCCACCCUAUUGGGGUGCCCGAUAGGGAAUCAAACCCAGAAAUGGUGGCCACCGAAUUGAUGAUCACUGCAAUCAAUAAAUUAAUUACAAUUGUGGGCAUGGCUUGUAAUUGUUUAUAUAGAUUGAAUCCAGGAUUAAUAGGUUAUUUGGGGCCAAUAGAUGAGGAGCAAUCUUUGUACAAUUUAAUCAACAACGACUUCAGUGUACCCAAUUUGGACGCCCCAAUAACAUCAGAUUUGACGUAUGGUAGAUUGCUGUGCCUGGCCCAUAAUCUCUGCAAAACUUUAAAUCAAAUAGAACAAAAAUCCAAAGGAAAGACGCCGAUAACAGAAGAAAUGGGUCUGAGGAAAAAGUUCAUUGGACUAGUGGAGUACCAGGCCAAAGUAGACGAUAUCGACGCUCAAAGGCACAGCGCCUUCUUCCAUGGAUUUUUCGAGUACACAGGUCUGCAAGAUCCUUGGGUUGCGAGGCUCAACGCUGUGCAUGUCAGGACUGGCUUGGAGAUGUUGAUGUUGUUUAUAGCGGAUCAAGUAACGUUAGCCUUGAACUCGUUACCUCCUAGUGAAUUACAGUUUUAUCAAAGAAAUCUGAAUUCGGAAUUGCAAUUUUUCAACGACUACGUGAAAAGGAGGACUGUGGAACUGUUAAAGACUGAACUGAUGCCGACUUUAAGAACUACAACCAACACAGAAAAGGAUCUUUUCAGGAGGUUUUUGAUAGGCAAGUGGAUGGAUAAAAAAUAUGAUGAUGUCAUCACCGAAAACUUUUUAUUAGUGAUAUCUUUGUGGUUUUCUAAUAUUUGUCAUUUAACAUAAUUGUAUUUAACUAUGUAUCAAAUAUAGAAUUUUCUUUUUCUAAA